AUUAGAUAAUGAAAUUCUCAGAUGUUUUUAUCGAUCAGUCGAGUUUUGGAUCCUUCACAUUCAUAAUGUGCUGAAAACAUAAACGGAAGUUUGCAAAGUUUGUUUUUAUUGUGAUUAUAUGUGUGUGCGUGUAAGUGGGGUGUGCACCUAACGGUAUUAUCAUGGAAGAUGAUAGAAGACACUCAAAAAUAGGAAAGAGGGUCUCUCUGGGGGUCGGAGGAGCUUUGGUGGAAUUAUCAGCAGAGCGUAUUGGAUGGUCUCAUCCAAUUGAGUUUGUUUUAUCCUGCAUUGGAUAUGCAGUUGGUAUAGGGAAUGUUUGGAGAUUCCCAUACCUCGUCUAUCGCAAUGGUGGAGGUGCAUUUCUAAUUCCCUUUGUAUUGAUGUUGAUAACAAUGGGACUUCCAAUAUUUUUCUUAGAGCUAGUUAUUGGACAAUAUUCAAAUGUUGGUCCAACGUCAGCAUUUGGAAGAAUGGCCCCUGCUUUUCAGGGUCUUGGAUAUUGUACAGUUGUUGUUAUGACAUUAGUUAAUAUUUAUUAUAUGGUAAUAGUUGCAUGGACACUUUUUUAUAUGUUUGCAUCAUUUUCAACAAAAUUAAUGUGGGCCUAUUGUGACAAUGAUUUUAAUACUGACGAAUGUUAUAGUGGUCUACAAGAUAUGGAUUGUCAAAAAAAUGAUUCAUCGACAAUAUUUUAUAAGAAAUCGUGUAUGUCAAUUUCUACUGUUUGCUCGAGUUUUGGAUUUAAUGGUGGCAAUGUGACUCAUUGUUUUAAUGGCGAAAAUGCGACAGCUCUUCGUCAUCUUUAUAAACGUGUGUUAUCUUCUGAACAAUAUUUCAGUGAUUAUGUUUUAGGAAUUCGAGGAGCCAAAUGGGACAAUUGGGGCGGAAUAAGAUGGGAAUUAUUGGCAUGUCUAACUCUUGCUUGGAUAAUUUGUUUCUUCUGUUUGAUAAAAGGUGUUCAAUCUGUUGGAAAAAUUGUCUAUUUUACAGCAUUGUUUCCAUAUUUUGUGCUUCUUGCGCUAUUAAUAAGAGGUGUCACAUUAGAAGGAUCGAUGGAGGGAAAUUUAUGGUAUAUAACACCAGUGUGGACGAGUCUUUUGGAUGCAAGAAUGUGGGGUGAUGCAGCAUCGCAAAUUUUUUAUUCCCUUGGAAUUGGUUGUGGUUCAUUGGUAACAUUGUCCAGCUACAGUACCUUUACAAACAACUGUCACAGAGAUGCAAUCUUCGUUUCACUUGCAAAUCUGUUAACGUCCGUUUUUGCUGGAUUUGCGAUAUUUUCCAUAAUGGGCUUCCUGGCGCAACAGAUGAAUAUACCCAUCAGUGAAGUGGUCCAAAGCGACACAGGAUUGGCUUUUAUAGCAUACCCUGAGGCUGUGGUACGAAUGCCACUUCCUAACCUUUGGGCAAUUCUAUUCUUCUUUAUGCUCUUCAUUUUAGGUCUCGGCAGUCAAUUUGCAGGCAUACAAACAAUUAGCACCGUUAUACUCGAUCUACGUCCAAAUCUCCGAAAAUAUGAGACUUAUGUGAUUUUGGGAAUAUGCGCAACGUGCUGGUUAUUGGCAAUACCUAUGGUUUUCAAUGGUGGAAUUUACCUGUUCACUCUGAUGGACUGGAACACAGCAUCCUGGGCGAUACUAUUGAUCGGUUUUGCCGAGGUUGUACUUGCAUCGUGGUUCUACGGAUGCAACAAAUUUCUGCAUAACAUCACGGAAAUGCAAAUGAACUUCGGAUGUUUACUGUACAGCUAUUGGCGGCUCAGCUGGAUCGUGCUUGCACCGAUUACCGCCUUGGGUGUGUUCGGCUAUCAAAUGUACACGUACCGUCUUCCAAGUUAUGGAGAUUACGAAUUUCCUGAAUGGGCCGGUGUACUUGGUGUUCUAAUCGGAGUUUCUACACUUGCUCCAUUACCAAUUUUCUUCAUCUAUCAAUUAUGUGUUAAAAAGAGGGGAUGGAGUUUACUUAAGCCCACGUCGUUGUGGGGUCCACUAGCGUUGAACGUGUUGAAUAACGAUAAAGGACCCACCUUGGUAGUCGAUUUUGCAUCCCAUCAGAAUGCUAAAUCAUAACCAUAUAGUUCUAAUCAUUAUUAUUUGUAGAACGAGUUGUUCUUUUAUUUUUUUUUUUGUCUAUGUAAGUUAUAAUAUAUAAAGUUUUGUUGAAUCUAAAAUAAAAGCUUUUUAUAUUGCAAUGCACAACAUUGCGCGAUAAAUCAAUAAUGGAAAAGCGAAGAACCUCUGCGGGUAUGCUGUUUGGAUCGAAAGUGUCCGAUUGAUGGGCAGCUAAAGGCAUCGAUUUGUGAUACAAGAUAUAUAUAUCAAUGCUGGGAUGCUCUUAAAGACAUUUGCAAACUGUAUGUAUGUAUAUAUAUAUGCAUUCACAAAACAUUAAUGCGUUCCUAUUUGCAUUUUACAUUUCCCAACACUUGAUGAAUUAACCAUCAAUCUCAGUUUGAUAUCAGUCUUGAAAUUAAAAUUU